AUGUUUCGAUUUAAAGAAGCAUUGGAAUCUUACGAUUUAGCUAUUUAGAAAAAUCCAGAUGAUGCAGAAUUUUAUUAUGAAAAAGGUAUGGCUUUUUAUUUAGCUAUAAUAUUAGCAAAUACUUUAGAUGAAAUGAAUAGAUUAGAAGAAGCAUUGGAUAAUUAUGAUUUAGCCAUUUAGAAAAACCCAGAAUAAGCAGAUUAUUUCAAAUGUAAAGGUACCAAUAGUAAUAAUUGUUAUAGCUAUCAUUUUAGAUAAAAUGAAGAGAUUUUAAGAAGCAUUAGACUAUUAUGAUUUAGCGAUUAAGAAAGAUCCAGAUGAUGCAGAAUUUUAUUAUGAAAAAGGUAUGGCUUUGUAUUUAGCUAUAAUAUUAGCAAAUACUUUAGAUGAAAUGAAUAGAUUAGAAGAAGCAUUGGAUAAUUAUGAUUUAGCCAUUUAGAAAAACCCAGAAUAAGCAGAUUAUUUCAAAUGUAAAGGUACCAAUAGUAAUCCAUAAUUGUUAAAGCUAUCAUUUUAGAUAAAAUGAAGAGAUUUUAAGAAGCAUUAGACUAUUAUGAUUUAGCUAUUAAGAAAGAUCCAGAUGAUGCAGAAUUUUAUUAUGAAAAAGGUAUGGCUUUGUAUUUAGCUAUAAUAUUAGCAAAUACUUUAGAUGAAAUGAAUAGAUUAGAAGAAGCAUUGGAUAAUUAUGAUUUAGCCAUUUAGAAAAACCCAGAAUAAGCAGAUUAUUUCAAAUGUAAAGGUACCAAUAGUAAUCCAUAAUUGUUAUAGCUAUCAUUUUAGAUAAAAUGAAGAGAUUUUAAGAAGCAUUAGACUAUUAUGAUUUAGCGAUUAAGAAAGAUCCAGAUGAUGCAGAAUUUUAUUAUGAAAAAGGUAUGGCUUUGUAUUUAGCUAUAAUAUUAGCAAAUACUUUAGAUGAAAUGAAUAGAUUAGAAGAAGCAUUGGAUAAUUAUGAUUUAGCCAUUUAGAAAAACCCAGAAUAAGCAGAUUAUUUCAAAUGUAAAGGUACCAAUAGUAAUCCAUAAUUGUUAUAGCUAUCAUUUUAGAUAAAAUGAAGAGAUUUUAAGAAGCAUUAGACUAUUAUGAUUUAGCGAUUAAGAAAGAUCCAGAUGAUGCAGAAUUUUAUUAUGAAAAAGGUAUGGCUUUGUAUUUAGCUAUAAUAUUAGCAAAUACUUUAGAUGAAAUGAAUAGAUUAGAAGAAGCAUUGGAUAAUUAUGAUUUAGCCAUUUAGAAAAACCCAGAAUAAGCAGAUUAUUUCAAAUGUAAAGGUACCAAUAGUAAUCCAUAAUUGUUAUAGCUAUCAUUUUAGAUAAAAUGAAGAGAUUUUAAGAAGCAUUAGACUAUUAUGAUUUAGCGAUUAAGAAAGAUCCAGAUGAUGCAGAAUUUUAUUAUGAAAAAGGUAUGGCUUUGUAUUUAGCUAUAAUAUUAGCAAAUACUUUAGAUGAAAUGAAUAGAUUAGAAGAAGCAUUGGAUAAUUAUGAUUUAGCCAUUUAGAAAAACCCAGAAUAAGCAGAUUAUUUCAAAUGUAAAGGUACCAAUAGUAAUCCAUAAUUGUUAAAGCUAUCAUUUUAGAUAAAAUGAAGAGAUUUUAAGAAGCAUUAGACUAUUAUGAUUUAGCUAUUAAGAUAAAUCCAGAUGACCCAGACUAUUUUAAAUCCAAAGGUAAAAAUUCAAAUCUACAAUUUUUAUAGCUACUACUUUAGAGAAUUUGAAUAGAUAUUAAGAAGCGUUGGAUAAUUAUGAGUUAGCCAUUUAGAAAAACCCAGAAAAAGGAGAUCAUUUCAAAUGUAACAGUAAAUUAAAUAAAAUUGUUUACAUAGCAAUAACUAAAUUUCAGAAAUCAUAUAAUAUUAAAAAAAUGAAUAGCUAAUAAGAUGAUUUCGAUAGAAAUACAUUUCUUCAAUAUCAAUCAUCAAUAAAAAAUAUGUACGAUCAAAUGGCUUCAUCAAAUCCAAAGAUUAUAAAUAGCCUUAAAAAAUCUGCCAAAAGUAGAAUAUAUCACACUCAUAUAAUAGGAAAGAUUGUAAAAAAAAUGAAUAGAUAUUUAAGAAGCAUUGGAAAAUUAAGAUAUUCAUUCCAUAAAAUAAUUUGA